AUGAAAACUGCAUCUGAUCCACCUCUCCUAGAUCAAUAUGGAACAUUGCAAGAAAUUCAAGUGAGUUGGUGCAAUGAUCAUCAUUGUGAAGUGAUAUCAGGGGAAUGUGAACUCCCCUUGAUUGAUCUUAGUGGUUUGAGGAGUCACAAUGAGGAUGAGAGGAAGGCUUGUGUGACAGCAAUUGCAAGGGCAUCUUCAGAAUGGGGAUUCUUCCAGGUAGUGAACCAUGGAAUCAGUCCUGAGCUUCUUGUAGAGAUGAGAAUAGAACAGGUGAAGGUGUUUCAAACUCCCUUUGAGAAGAAAGCUAGUUGUAAUUGUCUUCUUAAUGAUUCUUAUAGAUGGGGUAGUCCUACUGCUACUUCUCUAAACCAUUUCUCUUGGUCUGAAGCCUUCCAUAUCCCUCUCACUGAGCUUUCAGAUUUGGCUUCUUAUGGAGAGUUCAGCACUCUAAGGGAAGUGUUGCAGAAGUUCUCAACCGCGAUGUCAAAACUCGCUCGGUUGAUUGCUGGAGUGCUAGCUGAGAAUUUGGGUGAAUCAAAUGGGGUUCUUGAAAAAAUUUGCAAUGAAAGUAGCUGCUUUCUUCGAAUGAAUCACUACCCAAAAUGUCCAAUCUCACCAGAAAUCUUUGGUUUAGUGCCUCAUACUGACAGUGAUUUCCUUACUAUCCUUUAUCAAGAUCAAGUUGGUGGAUUGCAACUUUUGAAAGAUUCCAAAUGGGUAGCUGUAAAACCCAACCAAGAUGCUCUUAUCAUCAACAUUGGAGAUCUUUUUCAGGCUUGGAGCAACAAUGAAUAUAAGAGUGUGGAGCACAAGGUGAUGAGUAAUGAGAGAGUAGAAAGAUACUCAAUAGCCUACUUUCUAUGCCCAUCUUAUGAUUUCUUAGUAGGGAGUUGCAGAGAACCUUGUGUAUAUAGAAAGUUUACAUUUGGAGAGUACAGAAAACAAAUUCAAGAAGAUGUGAAGAGAACUGGCCAUAAAGUGGGCCUUUCAAGGUUUCUCCUUUAA